UUUGCUAGUACUACCUGCGAAAUUGUAAAUUUGUACAGAUCCACGUUUUCUAUUCGAAACUCAUUCUUCAGCAAUGACUUGCUACUGUUCACCUUAACCACUGAAGUCCGAUGCUGGUUUUUGCACCGACAUUGACAAGCUUCGACACAAUGUUUCCCAGAACUUGAAUCAUUGAUGAUUCUACAAGAAUGGACCACUUCAGUUUUGCAAGUAUCCUGCAUGAUAAGGAAAAUACUCAAACGAAAAAGAUACUGAGAGAAUCACAGACAAGGGUGAACAGCCCUGGGCGGACACCUCUUGGGAAUGUCCGAAACAAACUGCCAACUACCAGCUAUGCCUUCAACAUUAGGAAAACACUGUAUGGAACUCCAACAUCUUCAACAAAACGGAAAUCUCCUCUCAGUUGUGUCAGCUCGAAGACAGUUCCUGUUUUGUCCGUCUCCAAGGACAUCACUACCAAGCCACAGUCUACACUGAAACAACAUGCACAAGGACAGAGUGACAAGAAAAAAGUGGUACGAUUCAAUCUGAAGAAGGAACUAUAUAGUCCGGUACCGCCGACAAACACGACUGCAGAUGUUGCCAGCAACAAAGUGGACGAUGCAGAAGAUAAGUUGGACAAAGAGAUUGAGGGCUUCGUUUCCUCCAUACUCAAACACACAGUCGAUGAAAUCAGAAAGGAAUAUCAGACUCCUUCCAUAAAUGUUAUUCCACCGACACCAAGUCCCACCAUCAUCCUACAUGAAGACACACCUGAAACUGCUGAACACCUGGCAAAACGGUUCAAGAUUGAAUAUGUAGAAACUGACAAGUCCCCUGUUAAUGGAUGCCUCUCUCAGUUCAAGCCAGGGGAAGAGGAAUCAAAAACUUUGUCUACUUCUACUUCUGAUUUCAAGAUGAAAUCCAAGAUACCUGUCAGUUCCUCUCCACAGAGUGACCACAUGCGGAAUAAAAGUCCUCCAAAGUACCCCCGGACACCGCGGAUCCAGUACAGGAAGCAGCAAACAUCUCCAAAUAAGGUGUCUCAGGAAUGCAAACAAGCUCUUGAAGAAAUUGAAGUUAGUAUUGAUAAGCAGUCUGUAGAGUAUCACUCUCCAACUGUCUUGUCGAAAUGUAAUACAUCGCAAUCAAAACGACGAGGUUUAAGCAUCAGUGUUGUGAAGACGGUAUCAGUAUCCCCCGUCCAACAAAAUGUGGAGAAAGCCUGUUCACCUAUCCUGCCAAGCACAACCACCACUGAAACUAACACUGAUACUAAACCUGUUUCUGUAGAUGCUUCAAUGACCACUGACUGUUAUACUCCUGUUAAAUCUGACCAGCAUGUCCAGGUGAAACCAGAAUCUAUGUCUGUUGCCUUGUCCCCAUUCAGCUUCGCUGGGGCCGCUGAUGCGGCUGAACAAGAAACUUGUGACACUUCGACGAUGACUGAUGUCGUUAGUUUCACCAAUCAGGGCGUGAUGGUGAAACCCGCAUCUGUUGAUCAGAUGACGAUGACUGAUUUUGCAUGUACGAAGACAAGCGAAACAUCGAUGACACCUGUGAAAACUUUGUCUAAAGCAGGCAAAAGACUGACAGCUGAAGAAGUAAGGAGACAGCACCCAAGGGCUAUAGCUAACCAGCUAGACACAACCCUCGUCUGCAAUGAGAGACUUAAGAGUGACUUGAAGGGGGCAGAGAAGGAGCGGGACAGACUCAAGUGUAUCGUCAAGGAUCUGAGGGCUUCCCUGUCUACCAAACACAAACUCAUAGAAGAACUGGAAGCACAGAAGGAAAACGAAAAGACUGAACUAGAGCAAAUGCACUUUGAAGUUGUGAGGGACUUCCAGACCAAAAUAGAGGAGAAAGACCAUCACUUGAUGAGCCUGGAGCGGGAGGUGAUGGACCUCAAGUCCCUGGUGGUGGAGUCUGAGCAGGAGUACCAGAGUUUCAAGACCAGCCUAGAGAGUCAGUGUCAGGAGCUUCAGUUGCGUCUGGAGAGUCAGGAGCGCGAGCACCUCAAGCAGGUUCAAGAAAUGAAAACAGAUUUUCAAAAUAAUAACUACAAGGACCAGUUUGAGCGCUCUCAGCAGAUGAUCCGAGAGCUGCAGGCACAGCUGGAUGAGUUUGCUGACAUCAUGGAGGACUUGGAGGUGACGGAGCAACUUCAGGGAGAGGUCCACUCAACUAUCAGUGAGACACAUAAGAAACUGAGACAUGUUGGGGUGAAAAAUGCUGAGAUGAGGAAGAAACUCAUCACUGAGUAUGUGACGAUGCAGAAGCUGAAGAAAGAGCUGGUCACAGAGGUGGAGACACACAAACUGGAGAAUCUGACGCUGAGAGAAGAGUGUGAGAGCCUCGUCACCUCCCUCGAGAUGUCACACGACAGCAUUGCACAGUUGCAGUCUCUCUACACCAGCACAUCAUCGGAUCUCCUUCAAGCAACGUCUCAUGUUUGUCAACUCAACAGUGAACUGGCUGGCGCUAGGAAAGGUAGUGAUUCUCUGCAGGACUUUGUGUUGACCAAGGACCUGCUUGUACAACAUCUGUCUGAACAGAAGGACCAGCAGGAGGACUUGACCCGCCAGCUGGACACCCUCAGUACUCAGCAUACACAGCAGGCUCACGAUCUCCUGGAGGAACAGAAGCGGAGUCAGGACUGGGAACGAUUGGCUCUGGAGGCGAAGGCUGCUUUGAUUGAAAAGUCUUCUGAGUACGAGCUGGAGAUCACAAACCUACAGAGAACCCUGGACUAUCGGGAUCAUGAUAUUGACAUCCUGGAGAAGGAUCUGUACGAGUACAGGGAGAUCAUUCUUGAACAACGCUACCAGGUUGGACAGGUGGAAACAGAAUUUGCAGCCUUCAAGGAGAGUGUCCACAUCCAGAAGCUGGACCAGGCAGAACUCAAGGCUCUGCAGGACAACGCCGAGUUCCUGGAGGCUGAGAGAGGCAUGCUGAUUGACACGCUGCGAGACUCGGAGGAGAAGAUCCGCUCCACGUUCCUGCAGUUGAACCAGCAGCAGAAGACCCUAGCCGACACACAGGUCCAGUUCCUUCAGUACCAGACCACCAUACAGGGUCUAGAAGAGGACCUGUCAAGGACCAGACUUGAGCUGGACAGAACCCGGCGGGAGUUGCAGAUGAUGAUGUUACAGCAGCGGGGGGAGCUGCGUGAGUGUGGGGAGGCAGUGAUGGGGCUGGAGGAGAGGAUGUGCACCAUCCUAGGGGUCCUCAGGAAGAAGGUGGGCGUGGAGACAGAAGAAGACAGAAUAGAUGCUCCAGCACAUUGUAACGUUUCCUCCGAGUCUCUUGUGUCUAAGGUGCUCCAUGCUGUCAACUCAUCUGUAGACACAUCACAGGCGACGGAUGCCUCAUUCAGCUGGAGCAAGUCCCGACCUCCAAGUCAAGAAGCCAGUCCCAGUGUGGAGGGGACGUCUCAUACCGGAUCUUCCACCGACAGUGGAUAUAUCAACUCCUUCACUAGUCCUGGAGAGGCAAGCAGGGCCAAGUUAGGCUUUUCACAAGCUAGUGCCUUCGUCCCAGUGAAGAGUUUACCCAAAUCAGAAGCCAAUGAAGAUGCAGAUAGAAUAGAGAUGCUAGAUGAUGGAGAAAAUCAAGGGUCCAUUGUCAGACAGAUCACAGGUCUCAGUGAGGUUCUGUCCGAGAUUGUCAGCAUGGCAAAUAUUUUGGAGAAAGCUUCCGAGUUGUCUCUUCAGGAUCUCAAGGGAGACAACUGUCUGCUGCGGGAGAAGGUGUGUAGUUUGGAGGGCGAGGCGUGGAGACUGCAGCAGGACCGUGGCGCCAAGACGGAGGAGCUGACCGAGGCCAACACGCUGGUGGAGGAACUGAAGGACAGGAUCAGGGACAUGGGGGAUCGAAUCAUCUCACUCUCAGACUACCAGUUUGAAAAUAAGAGGAUGCAUCAAGAGGUGAUGCAGCUGUUGGGGGAUGUGAAACGGCUGGAGGGGGAGAAGGAAAUCCUGGAGGAGCAGCUGGCAAACCCGACCCCACACCAUCCUGGCCUCACCGACACCCCCGGGCACACCAUGCAGGGACAGGUGAUCUCACUCAAGAAAAAGAAUCAGCAGCUUUUAAUCCAGUUGAACGAUGAGAGAGAUCGUUACCAGGAAAUGGGGAGCAAGGCAGCUCGCAAAAUGAAGAUCCUUGAAGACAACUGGAAGAAAGCAGAAGCUGAGGUGUUUCGGUUUGAUGAAUUGGUGGACGCAAUACAGAAGAUUUUGGAUGACAAUUGCGAAUUCAUCUCCCGGAACCCUGAGCUGCUUCAUCUGAUGAAGGUCAUCAAAGGGGAGGAUACCAUCCAUGCCUGGCAUCAUCAGGAGGGUGCCUCACUCACAGGACCCGUUCUGAGACCAUCACUUCCCAAAAUGCCAAAGUUUUAAUUCCUAGUGCUAACCUUGCUUUUUGGCAUACUCUGUAUAUAUAUAUAUAAAAAUCUAAGGAACUCACUGUUUGUAACCAAAAUUUGUAACCAAAAAAGUAGGUUUUAACUUUUUUUUCAAAUCUUGUGAUAAAUUCGUCAGGGACAAUUAGAUACUUACAUAUCUAUGCUUUGAUGAAAAGGUCAUGUUGGAAACUUGCAUAUAUACAAGCAACUGUUAAAUAUAUUGUUCCCUUUUUUUAAAUUUUAAAAUCCAAAAAAAUCUUUAUUCCACUAGAAACAUGUAAAUAUAUGAUUAUCACAGUGAUUAAGACCAUAAGACUAUGAAAAUAAAUAUUAAUUCUGUGG